AGCGCUGUCACACUCUAACUUGUCUAUAGGGGUUGAUCAACGUAUCGCAUAGCUAUGCUGAACACAAUCAUUUGAACAACCCUUAUACAUUUUUCAAAAUUUGAAUUCAUUAAUCCAUCCAACCUCCCUGGUCUUACCUAAAAAGAUAAAACGGAGUUCAAACGAUCCUGAGAAAAUGAAUAUGUAGGUACCUACCUACCUAAAGAAAAGAAAGAAAAGCAUCCUUGAACUCAGAACAUGAAUUUGAAGUUGCAUCAGCAUGAAAAAAAAGAACACUAAGUGGAGUGUUUUAUUGUGAACCUCGUUUAGUUCGAUAUCAGGAAAAAGUCUUGUGAUCAGUAACGUUUUGGACGCUCAUGUGAAUGGAUCACUCGGGACGAUGUUAUUAAAACAUAAAAAAAUGUAUCGGGGUUAUUUCUAUUAAAAUGUUAUUGUUUUCGGGAUUUUUUUGUAAAUUUUUUUCUUAUUAUAAUUAAAAAUGUUCUCAUUUAUUUGAUACACAGUUAAUUUUUGUAUUUAAGUUAUCAAGUGUUUGUUACUUAAUAAUUUUGAUAGAUUAAUAAAAAUAUUAAAUAAAAAACUAACAAUAUUUGGAUAUCAAUUUUUAUCAUUUGUUCUGGAUAUACAUAUAAAUGACAAUGGAUUACAAUAUAAAUUCAAAUUCUGAUGAUGAUUUCGAAGGAAGUUGCAAUAGCUAUACGAAUGACAACCAAAUAAACCAAAACCAAAUGAGAAAUCCUAAUGGAAUGUCUAAGGCAGAAUUAAGAAGGAGCAAUAAACCAAUAAUGGAAAAACGAAGACGUGCUAGAAUUAAUCAUUGUUUGAAUGAACUGAAAUCCUUGAUAUUGGAAGCAAUGAAAAAAGACCCUGCACGUCAUACCAAACUUGAAAAAGCCGAUAUCCUUGAGAUGACAGUGAAACAUCUGCAAUCAAUGCAAAGACGACAACUUUCAAUGGCCAUUCAAACCGAUCCCACUGUCAUUCACAAAUUUAAAACAGGAUUUGUAGAAUGCGCUGAUGAGGUUAAACGUUAUAUCAGUAUGCUGGAUGGAGUUGAUACUGGAACACGCCAACGUUUAUCAAACUACUUGAAUAACUGUGCAAAUAGCUUAGAACAAAUUGGAUCGUUUACCAGUUUUUCAAACAGUUUUCGAUCACAAACAACUCAAGACUGUGUUAAUCCUCCAGUUAUUCCAACUCAAAUACCUUUUGUAGCUGCGCAUGACACAAACAAUAACAACGGACAUGUUCAAAUGACGGGAGUUAGUCUCGUCCCAUCUUUACUACCAUCUGGAGAAUUCGCUCUUAUAAUGCCAAAUACAAAUAUCAAAUCAUCGAUUGACAAUGAUCCAUCAUCGUUUUGUAUACCAAAUAAAUCAUCAACAAAUAUUGAUAUUAUGAGCAACUUUCCACGAGUGAGCGCAUUUAGUAAGCCUUAUAGUAGAACCACAUUUUCAAAGCGAAGCAGUUACGAUAUCAAUGUUUCUGUUCAACCAUCAGCAACCACAACUAGUCCUCCUCUAAGUCCGAAUUCAUCGAUUUCUAGUCACGAAGACGAUUCAGUAAUGCAUACUAGUUCUGACUUUGCAUCGCGUUCCAUAACCCCACCACUAGAUGGGAGUGGAAGUAGUUUUUCUGGAGAAUUCACAACUCCUUCCAGUUCUGAGUCCUAUAAAGUAUUUCCUCGCACUGUAGGUGUACUCCAACAGUCUCAUGUUACAUCGAGCAGUGAGGGAACGUUUUCUUCAAAACGUUUAUAUCCAUAUUUUACGGCAUGUAGUCCCGAGGAACCAUCGAUGAAAAAAUUCAAAAAGGAAAAAUUGGAUCAUAGCGAUAGCAAUGACCAUCAUAAGAAAGACGUUGAAGAAGCUUCGGAAAAUAUGUGGAGACCCUGGUAGUAUUACUUUCCAUAUAUAUAUGUAUCUAUCUAUGCAUAUUUUUAAAAUAAUGUACAAAUAAUUUUAAGUUUGUUUGAAUUUUGUUUUCGAUAUUUGCAGGCGUAUUUCGUUGAAUUUGAAACAAUGUUGUCUUGUGUGCUGUUCUUAUUUUAGAUUUUAAUUUUUGUAUCUUUUGAAAAAUUUAAUCAAUUGUGUUUAUUAUUUUUUUUAGAAAUUAUAUUUUAUCUGUGAUUUUUUGUGUACAUUCUAAAUUUCUUAUCCAUAAAAAAUCAGCACAAGGCGCAUGAAUUAUGAAUAUUUUUUGA